AUGUUAUUACAGGCUAAUGGUGGCGACUCUUGGUUUGACCUUCCUUCUGUGGCCCUAUGCGUCGAAUUUAACGAUGUCAUGAAGUUUGCCGAUUUUGUAACCAAAAUCGGAAAUCUUGCGCAUUACCAACAGUUGGUUCUACCUCGUGACGACUCGGAAGUUGAUGAGGAUGAGGACUUCGAGGAUGAAAACGAUUUCGAUGUGGAGGGGAAU